AUGCCCUUGCUUGUGGCCAGCGAGGGCGCGGCGGCCCUCGCCUCAACUAGCAUAUGGCCAACGAUGGUCGGCCACGGCAACAUCGAACAGUGGAUUUCGAAACGUGUGGUUGAGGUGUUAAGGAGGCAUCCAAAUUUGGUCACACUUAUCGGAGCAUGUCCAGAAUCUCAGUCACUUGCAUACGAAUACCUAAAAGCAGGCAGCCUUGAAGAAUGCCUAUCGUGCAAAGGCAAAAACAAAACUGCCCCGCUUCCGUGGAUAGUUCGAACCCAAAUUGCCACUGACAUUUGCUCUCCACUUGUCUACCUUCACUGCCAUAAGCUUCCAAUUAUUCAUGGGAAUUUAAAAUCCUCCAAAGUCCUCCUCAAUGCCAAUUUUGUUGCUAAAGUUGGCAACCUUGGCAUCUAUUGCUUAGUUCCCAAGUAUGAAAAUUCUAACAUUGCUAAAUCAGAUUCUGAGCUUGUUACUGGAAGAUCAGCUUUAAGUACUGUGAAAGAAGUGAAAUGUGCACUAGAUAAGGGAAAUUUCAAUAAAGUAGUCGAUUUUUCAGCUGGGGACUGGCCACUCGAUCAAGCCAAAUGGUUGGCUCAAUUGGGCUUGAGGUGCUGUGAACAGAACAAGCUGGACUGCCCAGACCUUGUAUCGGAAAUUUCCAGCGUGAUCGAGUCAAUAAGGACUUUGUCUAUGGAAUUAGCUUCAAGUUCUCGUUCGAAGGAGCCUAGCAAGGCGCCCGCUCAUUUUGUCUGUCCCAUUUUACAGGAAGUCAUGAAAAAUCCACUUAUAGCGGCUGAUGGAAUUACAUACGAAGCAGAAGUGAUACAAGGAUGGUUGCAAAGCGGUCACAACACUUCCCGUAUGACCAAUCUCAUGUUGGGGCACAACAACUUAGUCCCGAACCACGCCCUCCUCCAUGCCAUUCAAGUAUGGCAAGAGCUGCUGUAA